AUGGCUGCAAAUGGUGAGGAGCUUUCUCCCUCUGAAAUCUCAAGCAUCUUAGGAGGGUCCAAAGGAGAAGAUUCCAAAGAUGAAGUGAUCAAAAACCAGAAGAUGAAGAUGAUUCAAAUUUCUGAUGAUGACGAUGAUAAUUCUGUUCGUAAGUCAAAGACUGAGCUGGAUUUCUUCAAAUCUGAAGUGAACAUCAUAGGUUCUUCGUCUAAAACAAGCAUUAUUAACACCAAAGGAAAAGAUCAUCAUGAACAUGUUCAUAAUCUUGCUGAUCACCAUCUUGUUCAUGUUCAUGAUCAUGAUCAUGAUCAUGAACACGAGAACAUCACUACACAAAGGACUUUUUGCUGCAACUUCUGCAGAAGAGAGUUUUCAUCCUCACAAGCUCUAGGAGGCCAUCAAAACGCACACAAACAAGAGCGUGCAAUUGCAAAACGACGACAAGCAGAGAUUGUCGUUUCUGAAAAUAAUCAUUUUGGUCUUUUAGGUCCUCACUAUUAUUCUCCUUAUUGUGGCAAUUACCCGAACCCUCUAAUUAAUUAUAACUCUUCGAUGACUUAUAAUAAUAAGCCACUUGGGGUUAGAAUGGAUUCCAUGAUUCAUAAGCCUUCUUAUAAUUACCCUAGUUUUAAGUUUAGGCAUGAUCAGCAAUCCCUGGAUAGGUUUGGAAUUAGGGCAAGUUCAGGAACUUUGAGGAUUGAAGAAGUUAGUAAUAUUAGUCCUCUAACUACUCAUAAUCAGUGUGGGAAUAAUUCAUCUUCUUCAACGACUACUACUACCAUUGUUGGUACUGCUGCUACUAGUGAUCAACAUACCAAGUUUAUAUCCGAAGAAGCUUCCAGAGAGAAAGAUGAUGAUGAUCUUGAUUCUUCAGGUCUUGAUUUGUCGCUUAAGCUCUAA